UCUCCACCACCUCCACCUCCAGCUCCACCACUCUUACCAACUGAAUGGACAGCAACAGUGGUAACAAUGGUAACAACAACAGAACUGCCACCACCAGCAGAGGAAAACGCAGCUGCUGAUCACCUGUGUCACAUGACUGUCCGCACACUGAUUGGACUGCUCUACUUAAUCAUCAUGAGCAGCAUCACUGCUGUUACCUGGAGGAAAGGUGGACGAGCUCAAAGAGCCUCUGUGCUCUCAUCAUCACUGUUUUCAGACUCACUGAGCUCGACGGGUAGAGAAACAGAGGAGAGACAGAGGAGCAGAAAGCGGCCUGUGAUCCUCCAUCACACAGAAACAAGAGCCGUACAGACUGAACUGGGAUCAGUUCAUCGUCAUCCAGUCACACAGCAAACAGCCAGUCUGAACAUCAGAGGGAUGACAGAUUCUUCAGCAUGUGAUCCAGACCUACAUGCUCUCACUGUCAUGGUCUCCGCGCCCGGCCGGCCCCACAGGGCUACAUGUGGUGUUUGGUUCUCUCUCUCUCUGCCUGGGCGGAGCUCACUGUGGGCUCCGCCCUUGGCCCACACACCUGUCAACAAUCAGCGGUCAUCACCUGGAGCACUAUUUGAGGCUGGAACACAGAUCCUCUCGUCGCUGGGUGGUUGUACUACAGACGUUAGUGUUUCUCCCAGCGCUGGUGAACCUGUGAUUCGUGUGUGACUUCCCUCUCUUCUGCGACAGACUUUCCGUACCUGUGACCCCCCAGUCGUGUGAACGUGUGUGAGUUUGGGCAAGAAGACGUGAGCGAGUGUGAGAGAGCUUCCCCUCCACUGUAUAUAUCGUGCACUGGUGCUGUGAAUAAACUGUUUUUUGGAGACGCCUACGGCUCUGCGCUUGAGUUCCUACUACCAGACACUCACUGGGCUCACUGCAUUUUGUCUUUUGUGUUUAAAUGUGUUUGUAAGAUUUAAUCUAUGAAGUAACUGAGGAGAAGCAGGACAUUGUUCAGAGGGUAAUGUUUAGUUUAAUGUCUAAACACGAUGUGUAAGAUAUGUCCUCUGACUGUGCCGACUGCAAUCCAACAUUAACUAUGUAACAUGGGGGAGGCUGCGAGCUGUCUCAGCCUCCUGCAUCAGCUGGGAGCUCGAGCGAGCGUAUCCAGCCGGCCACAAACUCCACGUCGCUCCCUGAGCUUGAGAAGCGUCCUGAGCACGCUGCGUGUCCUGCACAGCUGCAGCUAGCUCUGUCUCACCAGAGGUUUCCACACCGUCUGGUCCAUUUGCGUCUCCGCCCGACCGGUCAUCAGCGCCCUGUCCCACUCUGCUCCUGGGUCUCUGCUGCCAUCAGCCAGUUUCUGAUGCAGGUUUCUUUAAAUCCUCUUUGUGUUUCAGAAGUCACACUUCCCCGAACGCCUUUAGCACCAACACUGUAUUUGCACACGUUCAUGCGCACAAAACAGGAAACACUAUUAAAAGACAGUGAGAGGUGUUAAGGCCGUUCCUAAAUAACUCCUGAUAAUCUUCUCAUGAAGAAAAGAUGAAGUCAGAGUUUAAAUCUUUUCUGUCUGUAUCAGGAUGGCAGCAAACAUCUGCUGCUGUCUUUUUGCCUUUUUCCUGAGCUGUAAAGUCACUGCAGGUUUGAUGCAUGAAGUGGCUGAAGAAGAGCGCUCCGUUGUUCUGAGGUGUCCUCUCUCCGAGGAGCGCAGAGUGACGUGGAGCAGAGAGAGAAAUGACAGCAGAGAGGAGAUCCUGACAGCCGAUGGCGGACGUUUAAUAAGACACGAUGACAUCACCAAGCAGUACACUGCAUACGACGACCUGUCGCUCUACAUUUACAGAGCUGCUGUCUCGCACUCGGGAAUCUACUUCUGUGACGAUAAAGCUGCUGUGGCGCUCACAGUGAUCCCGUCAGGAACAAUGAGACUCGCUGUUGUGGGGGGGAGGAACGUCACCCUGAGAUGCCCUCAUGCUGGUCGAAGAUCAGGAAGUCCAUCGUGGAGCAGAAGUUUUGCUGGAAAACAACAGAUAGUCUGCCCUCAUGCUUCCACUGUGGGCCAGAUGUUGAUUAUUCCAGAUGUUCAGCUUGCUGACUCCGGACUGUACCACUGUGAUGGAAAACCAGCUGCUUAUCUAAAAGUGAUCAAAGAGGAGAAAUCUGACAGCGACAGGAAAACAACGCGAACACCACCACCAAAAACAACGACCACUUCACUGACAACAAGAACUGCAGCAACAGCGGCAGCAGCACCUGAGGAAAUCUUAGCUGCUGAUCACCUGUGGCACAUGACUGUCCGCACACUGAUUGGACUGCUCUACUUAAUCAUCAUGAUCAGCAUCACUGCUGUUACCCGGAGGAAAGCUCGACAGAUACAGAAGCGAGACACAGCAGCAGAUUCUGAUCUCUGAUGCUCCAUCACACAGAAGCAGGACACCUGUGUUAACUAUAUGCAUCGUAGCUGCUCAUGGAGACUAAAGACAGUGUGGCACAAUAGCAAGCUACUGCUGCUGGGCUCCAGUUUGGUAUAAGUGCCUUGCAGAUUCAGUAUGUACCUUUGUGUCCACAAUUUUAAAUCAUUUGGAAAAAAAUUGUUUUUUGUUUUUUUUUUCUUACAGAUUUUAUUUUGCUGUUUAGCUUCAGUGCGCUGUUGGCUCUGUUGUCAUGGCAAUAACACCAAAUUAUACCAUGUAAAACUCUGAAUAAAAAUAACA